AUGUCUGGUCGGGGGAAAAAAGUUGCUGUUCCUGCUGUCAAGACCAGCACGACCCGCUCUGCCCGUGCCGGUUUGCAAUUCCCUGUUGGUCGAAUUGCUCGCUUGCUGCGCAAAGGCAACUAUGCAGCGCGCAUCGGAAGCGGGGCGUCUGUCUACAUGGCUGCUGUAAUCGAAUACCUGUGCGCUGAAAUUUUGGAGUUGGCUGGUAAUGCCAGCAAGGAUAACAAGAAAAAGAGGAUCGGUCCACGUCACAUCCAGCUUGCUGUUAGGAACGACGAGGAGCUCAACAGUCUUUUCGGAGGGGUGACCAUCUCGGAAGGCGGUGUUCUUCCAAACAUCCACGCUCAACUGCUGCCCAAGAAGACCAUGAGUGUUGACGCAAGCAAAGAUGUAAAUUCCCAAGAGUUUUAA